GCGACCGAGGAGGAGGAGCAGCAGGCGCGAGAGAAGAUGCUGGCGGCGCGGCGCGAGGACCCCGCCGGCGAGGGAGAAGGCGAGGGCGUGACCCUGCAGCGGAACAUCACGCUGCUCAACGGCGUGGCCAUCAUCGUGGGUACCAUCAUUGGCUCCGGCAUCUUCGUGACCCCCACGGGCGUGCUCAAGGAGGCGGGCUCGCCGGGACUGGCGUUGGUGGUGUGGGCCGUGUGCGGAGUCUUUUCCAUCGUGGGCGCCCUCUGCUACGCCGAGCUGGGCACCACCAUCACCAAGUCGGGCGGCGACUACGCCUACAUGCUGGAGGUGUACGGCUCGCUGCCCGCCUUCCUCAAGCUCUGGAUCGAACUGCUCAUCAUCCGGCCCUCCUCGCAGUACAUCGUGGCGCUGGUCUUCGCCACCUAUCUGCUCAAGCCUGUCUUCCCCACCUGCCCGGUGCCCGAGGAGGCCGCCAAACUCGUGGCCUGCCUCUGCGUGCUACUGCUCACAGCUGUGAACUGCUACAGCGUGAAGGCUGCCACCCGCGUGCAGGAUGCCUUCGCAGCUGCCAAGCUCCUGGCCCUGGGCCUGAUCAUCCUACUCGGCUUCAUCCAGAUCGCAAAGGGUGACGUGUCCAACCUAGACCCCAAGUCUUCCUUUGAAGGCACCAACCUGGAUGUGGGGAACAUCGUGCUGGCAUUGUACAGCGGCCUCUUCGCCUAUGGAGGAUGGAAUUACCUGAAUUUUGUCACGGAGGAGAUGAUCAAUCCCUAUAGAAACCUGCCGCUGGCCAUCAUCAUCUCGCUGCCCAUCGUCACCCUGGUGUACGUGCUGACCAACCUGGCCUACUUCAGCACGCUGUCCCCCGAGAAGAUGCUGUCAUCCGAGGCUGUGGCCGUGGACUUCGGCAACCACCACCUGGGAGUCAUGUCCUGGAUCAUCCCAGUCUUCGUGGGCUUGUCCUGCUUUGGCUCAGUCAAUGGGUCCCUGUUCACGUCCUCGAGGCUGUUCUUCGUGGGGUCCCGAGAGGGCCACCUGCCCUCGGUCCUCUCCAUGAUCCACCCAGCCCUCCUGACACCCGUGCCGUCCCUCGUGUUCACGUGCAUCAUGACCCUGCUCUACGCCUUCUCCAACGACAUCUUCUCCGUCAUCAACUUCUUCAGCUUCUUCAACUGGCUUUGUGUGGCGCUGGCCAUCAUCGGCAUGAUCUGGCUUCGCUUCAAGAAGCCCGAGCUGGAGCGGCCCAUCAAGGUGAGCCUGGCCCUGCCCGUGUUCUUCACCCUGGCCUGCCUGUUCCUCAUCGCUGUGUCCUUCUGGAAGACGCCCGUGGAGUGCGCCAUCGGCUUCACCAUCAUCCUCAGCGGGCUGCCCGUCUACUUCUUCGGGGUCUGGUGGAAGAACAAGCCCAAGUGGCUCCUGCAGGCCAUCUACUCCACGACCGUCCUGUGCCAGAAGCUCCUGCAUGUGGUCCCGCAGGAGACCUAGCCCACAUGCCCGAAGCCACCGGGAGCAGGGCGCAGCGCCAUCUUGCCAGACCACUGAAAAGCAGCUUCCGUACCCAUCCUCCCCACAGCUGCGCCGCGACAUGCACUGCCAGGCGCCCAAUCCCCUCCUUGCCCCCGCAUGGGUUGGGCACCUACGGCGAUUGUGAAAACUCCGGUACGAAUUUAGACCUGGAAGGUGAACCUCUGCCUUGGCUCCCUGGGCACAAGGGACUUCCUGUCACCUCAGCCCUGCUCCCUUCCCUUGUUUUCAGAUUUGUUUUUAUUUUAACUUAAAUUUGGAGUCAUGUUGACACCACUGAGAUGAUUAUUGUUUAAAGAAGCGGGGCAGAGAGGCGAGGAGGUGGUGUUUUCUCACCUAACUCUGUCUGCGGCACAGCUGCCUCACAGGGACCAGAUUGCUUCACAGGGUGCGUGCAACUACUGAACUCAUCACCGCCAUGACCACGGACUGCUCUGACAGACACAGCCAGACAGCCAGACAGCCCCAGUCCCACUGUGUGACAGAGAGCACCCUUCCUCCUGUGUCGUCACAGCUGUAGGGUGAGACUGAGAAGGGCCCCCAGACACCAGGUCCCCUCUGCUGUAAACCCGGGGUCGGGGUCGCAGUCAGCUGGCGAGCCCCCCAGAGCUCUCCACGGUGCACACUGCCUCAGUUCCCAGGGUGGCCCCUUCCGGCCCAGCCAGGGGAGCACUGAGCCAGAGACUUUGAGACACUCCUACCCUACGCAGCACUCUGUCUGGGGCUCUGCCUUGGGCCCCCGAGAGGAAGGUGGCGGCACCCCUGCAGGGACCAUGCUGUGCCUGGGGCCCUUAGGAGGUGGACGGGGCGUGGACAGGUCCCACUGCCUCCUCCAGCAGGGCUCCCGAGACCCGGGGCCAGCCUGGGUCCGUGGUGCUGGCCCAUCCCGCCUGCCUUCCACACAGGGAGACCCCAGGCUCCGUGCAGGGACCCAGCCGACCCUGAGGCCCCUCUGCUACCACACUCGGCCCACUUGGCCUGGGUUCUGGUCCAUGGGGUUGUCCUGUUUCAGAACGUCCCGUUCAGCCCAUUGCUUUUUAUCUUGUCCUAACGUCUUACUAACGGACAGGUCCUGUGGUGUCGCAUUUAUUUAUUCCCGUGGUCAGCACUCAGCCUCGUUGACUUCACGGUGGGCUCAGCAGCCACCCUGCGCUGUCCCUGUGACAUCCACCGUGUGAGGCAUGUGGCUGGGUGUCUUUAUUCUUGUGUUCAUGGCUAACCUGUUACCCUAGGCUUGUUAGGGUGGGUAGUGCUGUUGUAUUGUGGGGUUUUAGUGUUUUGUUUUGUUUUAUUUUUUAAUAAAAAGCAUUUGGAAUUCUGA